AAAUUACCUUCUCAAUCGUCUGUCCGAGUUACACAGGAGACUUUCCCAAGAUAUUCCUCCAAUCACGAAUUGCUUCUUUCUCUGUUCACUUCUUCGCCGAUUCGCGAAGGAACAAGACAACGACGGACGAAUCUCUCCCUGACAAUUCCAUUGCAUCGACGAAGCUUGUGUUCGAUUAAGGUAUUAGAGAUGCAACAAGGAGAUUACAGCUCCUUUUACGGCCAGAAUCCUACCGUUAACCCCGCCGAUCACCACACAAGCUCGUACGCCUCGGCGCCUCCCUUCUCCGGUGGUUACGCCCCCGCCGAUUACUCUUCUUAUUCACAGAAUUUGCCUCCUUAUCAUCUAAAUCCCGAUCCCGCUCCUCCCACCGCUCCCUCAUAUACACCGACUUCUCCCAGCCCUAAUUUGCUGCAACCGCACCAACCACAGCCUGUUUCCUUUCAUACAUCGCCUCAACCACCGGUACAAUAUUUCCCGCCGUACGAUUCGCAUGGGGCUUACCAACCACCAACAACGCAGCAGUCGUAUUAUCCACCGUAUGAUCACCAUCAGACGGCUCCCAAUUAUGCCCCACCUCCCACGGCCGUUUCAUCGAACACUAACCCUAACCCUAGCGCCAUACCUCCAUAUUCGUCGAUGUACUCGGCGCCUUACAGCUCUGUAGCAUCAUCUAUUCCAUCUGUGUACGAUAAUUCGUACGAGAAUCCAGGGAAAUUUGAUCAGGGUGGCGGGUAUACUGACAAUAAGUAUGGGGGUUUCAGUAGAAGCCGGUCCGAUUUGGGGUCUGAUCUUUAUGGGAAGCGGCCCGAGAUUGAUGGGCACUCCCGAUAUGAUCUAGGUCGCGAAGACGCGCCUGGAGAUGGUGUUUAUGCGUAUCAAGGGGGCAAGACCGAACCAUAUGGUGCCCGGGGCACGGACUCCAAGUCGUCGACGUGGACCAUGUUCGAUGAUUAUGGAAGGUCUAUAAGUGUUCCCUCGGUCAAGGAGAAUUCAACAACUUCGGGUUUCAGCAAGAUCGUUAAAGCUGUUCCCAAGGCAGAUACGCAGCAGGAUGUGAAGAGUGGGGUGCAGAAGUUCCGUGUCAAGCUCUUGACUGAAAGUGUAGGGCAGAGCACCAUGGAUGUUCUUUGCCAGAUUGGCUUAGAUGGCAUACGGAUGCUUGAUCCUGCUACAAAUAGGACUUUGAGGAUAUAUCCCCUGGAGACAAUUACUAGAUGUGAAGUAAUGGACUCAUCUACUCUAGCGUUUUGGUCUAAGAGCUCUGUGGAUAUUGAUCCAAGACGCAUCAGACUGCAAUCAAAUAGUUAUACUACUAACACUCUUCUGGAUAUAGUAACAGCUGCAACUGUUCAGGUUAAGGAAAUGGUUGGAAGAAGUAGGCCCCCGGAUUCUUCAAAAACGACUGAGCAGCCUACAGAUAAGAAAAAAGGGUUUGGAGAUUGGAUGAACUUGAUAAAGCCUCCCAAUGAAGAAAAAGAUCACUGGGUCCCUGAUGAAGCUGUUUCAAAGUGCACGGCAUGUGGUACAGACUUUGGGGCAUUUGUGCGCAGGCAUCACUGUAGAAAUUGUGGUGACAUUUUCUGUGACAAGUGUACCCAUGGUAGAAUCGCUCUUACUGCCGACGAGAAUGCUCAGCCCGUUCGUGUUUGUGACCGAUGCAUGGCUGAAGUGACCCAGAGACUAAGUAAUGCUAAGGAUGCUGCUAAUAGACCUGCCGUGCAGAGUCAUGAGGAUCUUGCGAGGAAGCUUCAGGAGGAGAUGGAGAAGAAUCGCAAGGCAUCAUCAGGAUCCAAGGCUGAUGGAUCUGGGAGGCGGAUGAGGGAAGUUGCCUGCCCUAUAUGCACAGUUCAUUUACAGGUCCAGGUUCCCAGCUCGGGUUCUGAGACCAUCGAGUGUGGAGUUUGCCAGCAUCCAUUCCUCGUGAGUGCCCAUUGACUCUCACAAGUCACAAGCAUUUUUAUGGGUCACGAUGGUACCUGAAUUCAUUUGAUUUAUUCUUCUUUAAAGACUAAAAACUAUUGGCCUUUGUGUUCAUCAUUGCUUGUUAUGCUGUUAAGACUUUGUUUGUCGGUUGUUGGGCUGGUCCCUGGAGUUGGUUUCUGUUGUGCAUUCGAAGUUUUUCUGGAGAAGCCUUAUUUCAUUAGCUUCUAUCAUUGUGUAUAAAACUGAAAAUUUUAUAUUUUACAACUCAAGAUGUAUAUUUAACUUGUGUGUGAAGUUAACUAGUGGUGACAUAGGUUGAUUAGAUUUUAAAUGUAUUGAUUAAUUACAGUACC